CGAUAACAAACGAACAUCUUCGGGACUUACUACGGCUGCUUUUAUUGGUAUCGUGUUUUGAAGUUGGAUGACUAAAAUGACAAGAUGAGUAACCCUUCGCCAACCCCAGAACGGGCGAUAUAUGGAUUUGUCCUGUAUUUGGGAUCUAUAUUAGGAUUUGUUCUGUUUGUUAUCUGGGCUUACAUUCCAAGUACAUGGCUACAUUCUUUAGGACUGACUUAUUUACCACAGAAAUAUUGGGCAUUGGCAGCCCCUACGUAUUUAUGCAUGUCAAUUGUGUUCUUUUAUAUAAUUUAUGUUGGCUAUACCUUCACUAUUACACUACCUCUAGAUUCCCUUAAUACAAUUACAGAUGACCAUGCUUGUCCUGUGAACACUAAAAAUUUGCCAUCUGGUGCAAUUCCACCAAUAGGAGACCUGUCAAUUUGUGAAGUGAAUCAAAGGCUUUAUUUAUAACCACACUGUACUGUGGUUAUUCCUGGACAUGCAUCUUACAACACUGAACACCAGUCAAUUUGUAAAGUGGAUCAGACUGUAUUUAUAAGUCUACACUAUACUGUGUUUACUCCUGGACAUGCAUCUUACAACAUUGAAGCCAUGACGUUAAUCAGACUGUAUUUACAAGUUUACACUAUACUGUGUUUACUCCUGGACAUGCAUCUUACAAUAUUGAAGCAAUGACGUCAAUCAGACUGUAUUUACAAGUCUAUACAGUACUGUGGUUACUCCUGGACAUGCAUCUUACAAUAUUGAAGCCAUGACGUCAAUCAGACUGUAUUUAUUCCUGGACAUGCAUCUUACAACAUUGAACACCAGUCAAUUUGUAAAGUGGAUCAGACUGUAUUUACAAGUUUACACUAUACUGUGUUUACUCCUGGACAUGCAUCUUACAACAUUGAAGCCAUGACGUCAAUCAGACUGUAUUUAGAAGUUUACACUAUACUGUGUUUACUCCUGGACAUGCAUCUUACAAUAUUGAAGCCAUGACGUCAAUCAGACUGUAUUUAUUCCUGGACAUGCAUCUUACAACAUUGAACACCAGUCAAUUUGUAAAGUGAAUCAGACUGUAUUUACAAGUCUACACUGUACUGUGUUACUUCUGAUCAUACAUAUUCAACAUUGAAGACAUGUCAAUCAGACUGUUUUAUAAUUGCUGAGGUUACACCAAAGGGAUGCGCACAAAAUAUAAAUAAAAUAGUUUAA